AUGCUGCAGCAAAUAUUGCGAGACAUGUGGGUAGACCCGGAGAUACUCGCCGAGCUCGACGAGACUCAGAAGCAGACUCUCUUCUGCAAGAUGCGCGAGGAACAGGUGCGUCGAUGGCAAGCUUGGGAUCAAAAGGUCAGCAAGGAAGAGAAUGGCCAAACAAAAUUUCAAUCAAAUGGCAAAAAGCAAGUCCAAUUUCUAAAGGGAGAGGAUGGGGAACCGUGGGUGUGGGUGAUGGGAGAGCAUCCCGAUGACCAGUCAAUUGAGAACAUUCUCGCUGAAGAAGCUCAUCAACGCGCUCUCGCUCAGGCUCGUGAAGAAGCACACCAACUUCGGAAAUCCGUUGAGAAGGAACUCACACAUUUGAUUGACUACAAGCCUCUUGAUAGCUUGGAACAGAAGUUCGAUCUGUCUCCAAAAAACGUGGAUUCGCUGGAAGACACCCUGGAUCUAUAUUGCUCAGUAGAUGAGCUGAGGCAGAGUAUCGAGGCUUUGGAACCAGAAGUGAAGGAGAAAAGUGAUAAUGAAGAAAAAGACUAUUGUGAAGAACACUUGAAGUUGAAUCUUAAGAAAAACACUUUACAGUUCAAUUUCAUUGAAGGGAAGAGAGAUGUUAUACAAGAUUCGGGUCUUCCUCGCAAUGGCGAUGGAGUAAGUCUACGAGUGGCGGCCUGGGAGCGCCGUGUCGCGGCGGCUCGGGCGGGGGAUAUCUUGAGAGGGCUCAGAGCGAGACGAGCUCGUACUUUGAGAGAUGCACAGCUGCAAGCUCAAGAUGAGGAUGCUGUGUGGAGGGAGCAGGAACGUAAAGCAAAAGAAGCGGAGGCCGCUAUGAGGGAAAUAGCACGCGCGGCGCGGGAGGCUCACCGUCGCAGCACUCAUCUGCCCCCAACGCCGCUUACUACAGUUGGUAAACCUCCUAACAGAGAAGCGGUAUUGGAGUGGUUCAGGACGCAAGAGCUAAAGCGGGGAGUGGGCUUGGACGAGAACAACAAGCCUGUUGAUUGGUUCCAUGGUCUGAUUACACGAUCAGAAGCCGAACAGAUUCUGUCCAGCCAGCCCGAGGGCAGCUUCCUGGUGCGGCUCUCGGAGCGCGUGUGGGGCUACGCCAUCUCCUACCGCGCCGCGCGCUGCAAGCACUACCUGGUCGAGGCCGGCGACGGCUACCGGCUGCUCGGCGCCGGCCAAAUUACACAUCAAACUUUAGCCGAUCUCAUCAAUUAUCAUAAAAAAGUAACGAUUACGGAAAACGGCGGGGAGCUUCUCACGACACCAUGUCUUCCCGCCACAUCUUCUGUCAUA